GACCCGGCGGCGCUGGGACCCGGCGGGAGGCGGGGCGGGGCGGGGCGGGGCGGUGCUGGCGGGGCGAGGGAAAGCGAGGCUGUGUGGCGCCGGUUGGGAGCCGCGCGCCCGGCCGUUGGGGCCGUCGGGGCCGCCUGCGGCCCGCGGCUGGCGCUGGCGGGGGCGGUGAGGGCACCCCCGGUGGCCUGCCUCCCCUUCCCCUCCUACUGCUGCCCGGUGGGGCACGGCCCGGCCCGGCCCCGCUCGGCUCGGCGCUGCGAUUGGGCGGAAGAUGGCGCUGGGCGGAUGGAAAUCCUAAUGACAGUCUCCAAAAUCGCCUCCGUCUGUACCAUGGGCGCCAAUGCCUCAGCUUUGGAGAAAGAGAUUGGUCCGGAACAAUUUCCAGUCAAUGAGCACUAUUUUGGUUUGGUUAAUUUCGGGAAUACAUGCUACUGCAAUUCAGUUCUUCAGGCACUUUAUUUUUGUCGACCAUUUCGAGACAAAGUCUUAGCAUACAAGAGUCAGCCAAGGAAAAAAGAGAAUCUUCUUACAUGCUUAGCUGAUCUCUUCCACAGUAUAGCCACACAGAAGAAAAAAGUUGGAGUAAUACCUCCCAAGAAAUUCAUAACAAGAUUACGAAAAGAAAAUGAGCUUUUUGAUAACUACAUGCAGCAGGAUGCACAUGAGUUCUUAAACUAUCUAUUAAAUACAAUUGCGGAUAUCUUGCAAGAGGAAAGAAAACAAGAGAAACAAAAUGGUCGCCUGCCUAAUGGCAACAUUGACAAUGAAAAUAACAGCCCGCCAGACCCAACCUGGGUUCAUGAAAUCUUUCAGGGAACAUUAACUAAUGAAACCAGAUGUCUUACGUGUGAAACUAUAAGCAGCAAAGAUGAAGACUUCUUAGACCUUUCAGUUGAUGUGGAGCAGAAUACUUCAAUCACUCAUUGUUUAAGGGGUUUCAGCAAUACAGAAACUCUGUGCAGUGAAUACAAGUAUUACUGUGAAGAAUGUCGCAGUAAGCAAGAAGCACAUAAAAGGAUGAAAGUAAAAAAGCUGCCUAUGAUUCUAGCUCUCCAUUUGAAGAGAUUUAAAUACAUGGAUCAGCUGCAUCGAUACACAAAACUCUCUUAUAGAGUAGUUUUUCCUUUAGAGCUUCGUUUAUUUAACACCUCAGGAGAUGCCACCAAUCCUGACAGAAUGUACGACCUUGUUGCUGUGGUAGUUCAUUGUGGAAGUGGCCCUAACAGAGGACAUUAUAUUGCAAUAGUGAAGAGUCAUGAUUUUUGGUUGCUUUUUGAUGAUGAUAUUGUUGAGAAAAUUGAUGCACAAGCUAUUGAAGAAUUCUACGGGUUGACAUCAGACAUCUCAAAGAACUCUGAGUCUGGUUACAUCCUCUUCUAUCAGUCUCGGGAUUGAGGGGAAACUGUAGUGAAGAGAGAUUUUUAUGCCUCACAUCUUCUCUAUCUUGGAAUGGAGCAAGCACUGAAGAAAAGGAAAGCAGGGAGCUCCAGGGGCAGUAGCACAGUUUGCACAUGACUAAGCAAAGAGUUUGGGAUUCUUAAAACCUUUGUAUCAUUUUCAUUUUAUUUGCUCAGGUAUCAUGCUGACUACACAUCUCCACUGCAUCGUAUAAGCAAAAAGAGAGAUACCAGCCACUCUUGCAGGAGCUUCCCGUUAGGUAGUACUAUCUCUGUGGUCCUAAUUCAAAGCCCAUUAAGGUCACUGGAGAGCCUUUCAUGGAAUUCGGUGGAAUUUGAAUCAGGUUCUAACUGCACUGCCAGAUUGGUGCAAUAGGAGCAUUAGAACUCUGUAUUUCAUACAGACUUUGUGUAUAAAAGGUAAAGGACUCUUUGUGAACUUAGUUUCCUGUGCUUAAGUUUAAAAGAAUGAGGCUGGGAGGGUUAACAUGUAAGCAGAAAGAUAUAUCUGGGCCCAACACAAUUGCCUUCUUGAUGGUAGUAGUUUAACUAAAGAUAUAAACUGGUGUCGGGGGGGCAAGUAUGUUUUGCUUCUCUGAAGAAGCUUACGUUAUUUAUAAUGUAUGAUCGGGAACAAUCAGUCAAGAUUAUGGCUUUUAAUCUCCGUAUGGGGAAAGAUUUGGUUUGUAAUAGUUUAUUUUUAUUUAUAAAUUAUUGUAACUUAGGAUCUUGUGUACUGUCCUUUAUUCUAACAAGUAUUGGAAAUUUUAUAUAUUAAUUUGAAUUAAACCUAAUUAUGUUUAAAUGUUAAAGAAGAGCCAAUAUAAAUUCUAAAAACAAUGCCUACAAUGUCUGUAAAAGAUGAAUAACGCAGAAGAGAGAUUUCCUUCUGGAGGAACUGGUAUCUAAGUGAGGUACUUUAUUUAAUUAAAUUAGAAUAUCGUUUUUCCAUUAGUGAGUGAAAAAAGUGAUCAGACUAUUACAUAGAAGACUUUAAGAAUGCAUAUUGUAAGAAAAUGAUGGUGCAGUGGUGGUAUACUGGUCAUUAGAGCUCUUUAAUAAUUUGUUAAUGUUUUAUACUCUAAGCAAAUUAGAAUGAUUUGAAUGGAUGUAAACCAUUUUCAGAAUAUUAUUCCCUCUCCUAAAAUGGAUCCACUUGUGUUGCCAGUGGCAUGGGCAACUAUCCUAAAAACCACUCAGGGUCUCAAGUGUAAAUUAUGCCUGAGUAAUGACAAGAAAUAGGUUUUGAAUUUCAUGAGAUUGAAGAUACCACAUUCCCUUAAAAGUAAUAAUGUUUAAGUCCUGUAGGGUGAAAAUUUCUGCUUUAGCUUUGUGAAACAGCAUUAAGAAUUAAAUCUUGACAAAACACCUGAUCUGUAAGAAAUGUGAACUAUUGUGAUAUGACAUUCUUCCACUUACCAGUACGUUGUUUGACAGUAGCUGAAUGUAAUUUCUGGAAAGUCAUGAGAUGUGCAUUCCAGAUUAUGGCAAUCAGGUCUUGGAUGUCCUUGUCACUCCCUCUUCUGCUAGUGAUUUUUACAUAAUUGUGAUUUUCUAAGGUUAUUUUAUUGAUACUGUUCCAACUUUUAAAAAGAAUGUCUCCUGUCUGCUGCUAUAACUGACUAUUUACUUACUUGUAUCUUUUAGCUCAGGAAACGACUUCACCUAUUCACUCAGUUGAGCAAAUCUUUAACAGGGUCACAAAAUAAAGUGGGCUAUUCAGCAACUGUCACAUUGUAACAAAUGGCUUUUGUAAAAUGCAAGGUUUCUAAAGCCUUGGUUUGGCUAGAAUUCUUUUCUAGAGAAUUAUGUGUCACGAUUAAACUACCAGCAUUGUAAAGUAAAGCUUAAAUAUUGUGGGAGAUGCAGAAAAACUGAUUGGAUUUUUCUUAAAGGUUUCGAAGUAUUUUAAAAACUUUUUUCAGGUUUCAGUGGGAAAAGGGUUGAGGGGUGAAUCCGUUGGAUAAUGGUGCACAUUAGAAGGAUGAAGUCCUUUGCAUACUAAAGGUACAGUAUUGUAAAAGAACUCUCACAUUACUUUUUGCUAAUUGAAAAUAUUUGGUCCUUUUUUUCUUCUUUCUUUUUUUUAAUUUUGGUGUAUUUAAAAGCUGAGGCUAGUUGCUAAAUAUUUUAUACCCUAACAAAUUUUAAAACAUUUUUGUUGUGUCACUGGUUUUACUCCUGCAAUGUAUUUUUAUAAGAUAGUGACUUUUAUUUUGUAUAGGGUUUUUGAGAUAGUAUUUCAAAUUAUAUAUUUCAUUUUCUUUUAGUGCAGCUGAAAUAAUUGUAAGUUCUUAAUUAAACUGAUAUCAGAAACUGCAACUUCAAUGAAAAGAAGCAGGGAAGUGCAAAAUAUAACUGGUAUGUAAAACAUUAUAGCGUGGUUUUUUUCUUGGCUGUAAUACAUUGGGGAGUGUGGGGAAGUCAUCAGUUGUAAAUGGUGGGAAUUAUUCGCUGUGUAACUAUGUAAAUGUUAAUUGGGACUACAGUCCCCUAUUUUGUAUAUUGGAGCAAAAAACUUCUAUUAAAUAAAGUAUGUUCUCUAAAGGUAA